AAAAAGAAAAAUCUUCUGGAUAAAGCUGCAGAGAAAUUUCGAGCGAGCGAAGGUGAAGUCUAGGAAUCGAGCAUGGCCGCAGUCUCUUCUCCAUUUUCGGCGGUGCUUUUACCAGUGUGCAAUUCCAAGCCACGGAUUUCUGCUCCUUGUUUGAUUUCAUCAAAGUUAAUGACCGUGAAAGCCUCGGGAAUUUCCUCUUCGAGAGUUAUGGCUGCUCCUGAAGCUCUGGAAGCUAACGCCGGUCCUACUGUAGCCGAGGGUGAGACUCCAUCGAGUGUGAGUAUCAGCGCAGAUACAGAUAAGGUUGCUGCCAAGCAGAAGAUCAGAAUCAAAUUAAGAUCAUACUGGGUGCCCCUAAUCGAAGACUCGUGUAAGCAGAUAAUGGAUGCUGCAAGGACGACGAAUGCAAAGACUAUGGGUCCUGUCCCAUUACCAACCAAGAAAAGAGUGUAUUGUGUUCUAAAAUCUCCACAUGUGAACAAAGAUGCAAGGUUCCACUUUGAGAUCAGAACUCAUCAACGGCUCAUCGACAUUCUCUACCCAACUGCCCAAACAAUUGACUCGCUGAUGCAGCUGGACCUGCCUGCCGGUGUCGACGUUGAGGUUAAGCUUUAGACCGGUAUGUAACUUCUGUUUCUCAUUGCAUAUACACAUAAUUGUGACGUAUGCUGAAUUGAUGGCGGGCGAGUAGAUUAAGUACAAAAUAGUUGCAUGCAAUUUCUUCAUGUGAUAUGCUACAUGGGUUCUUUUUGUUCUGCUUAUGAUGUGAUGCCUGCAGUAUUAUUCGCAUUUUGGGUAGUGAAUAUUGCCAGAAACUCGAAAAUUAGUUCGAUUUUGUUGAAUAUAGAUGGCUCCUAAAGAUGGCAUGUUUAAUAUAUGAUCACUUGAUCUUAUUUCA